UGACGUGGUAGAGUUCCGUCAGUCGAGCGGUGUCUGACAGCCUGCCUUACCCGGGCCAGCAGCUGCCUUGCCCGGCUGCGAAAUCAGACAGGGGGUCGGUCAAAAAAAAAAACCCGGAGCGGAGUAAAAAGAUCCUGCAGGAGCGAGAAAACAAAGAGGAGACAAAGCCAAGCGUGGAGGUGAAAGUAGACGACUAGUUAUUUUUGUGUUUUUGCCUUCUGGACUCGGGGGAACAUGUUAUCUGUGUGAGAGGAUAUUAUAUUUUUGUAUUCUGGUUGUUUUUUCCUCCACCGCGCUGAAAGGCUCCAUCAGCCUGCAGCCGAGCCGAGCAUCGUGAAGGACCAGCCCGCUCUCCUGCUGCUGCUCUGCCGCUCUGCAGCUGCUCCUCUCGGGCUCUCCGGAUAAACGUGUGUGUGUGUGGAUGCUGUGCUGUUUUCUCUUACAUGUUUACAUUGAAAUAACAUCUCUGAGCUCUUGGGGAGGGAGAUAAACUAGGAUAAAGAUCAGGAAAACAACAGUGAAAACCAACAUUAUUAUUAUUGAUGAAGUAGAGAGUGAGGUAUUGUUGUGUUUAACGGACACAAGGAGGAGAGGAGAGGAGGAGCAGCAGCUGCUGCAGGAGGAGAAGAAGAACCCAAAAAACCUGCAGGUUUGCUGAGGAGCCUGUGUGGGGAUGAGGACGAGGAGGGACGUAUAACACAUCCGAGGUGUCAGUGUUAUUAAGAGCUGGAAGAAGGAGGAGAGGGCUGUUUCCAAUGGUGAUGGAGGGUGAAGGCACCGGGGCUUCACUCACUCUCUCAGCCGACCGCAGCCCUGCAAGCAGCCGCAGCAGCAGCAGCAGCAGCAUGAGGAGGAGGAGGUACGCAGCACUGCACGUCUCAUCAGCUCCUCCACAUCCUCAUUAUUCAUUUAGCCUUCCACGCCCUCCUGUUCCUUCUCCCUUCCAUUAGGCUACAUCCAGCCAUCCACCCUUCCAUCCAUCCAUCUAUGUCCCCCCAACACCAUGCAUCUCCUCUCCCAUCAUCAGGCACUUUUUUUGGACCCCCAGUGGCUCCCUAAAAUGUUGCACGGGCCCCUCAAGGCAGGCAGGCUGGAAAAUGAAGAGUACUUUGAUUUUAUUAUAACUUGGCUCAGAGGGUAGAGCAGGUUGUCCACCAAUUGGAAGGUCGGUGGUUCGAUCCCCGGCUGUUCUGGUGCGUCCAAGACAGAGCAAGACACUUAACCACAAAUUGCUCCUGAAGGCAUAGCCAUUGAUUAGAGAGAGCAAACACAGAGGAGGUGACCCUUAUCAUAUCCUGAAGGAGACAAGACACAGAGCAUGACCUUGUGUUUGUCUACAGUGCCAAAGAAGAGCCAGGGAGAAGCCUCCAUGGCCAGAGAAUCAUCGCCUUCCUAGCUCCACCGGGAGCCCUUUUAACCCUGCUGCGAGCUGCACUGGGGGGCUCAAACGUUCCCCUGACUCCACCAGGAGGCUCACUCCAACCCAUCUGCCAGCUCAGAUAACCCUCUGACUGUUGGCAACCACAUGUUUGAGGUGACUGCGUGUGACCGCCGCCGCCCAUUCUCGAGCAGCAGCAGCAGCUUCCUGCGACCCCAAUCUGCGCCAUGCAGUGGAGACGGCGGCACUGCUGUCCCAUCAAGAUGACCUGGACCAUCAAGCGUUCCCUCUUCCGGACCCACGUGGCCGGCCUCCUCUCGCUGGCCCUGCUCUUCACCCUCUUCUUAUUUUUCAGCCACCAGGACUGGCUGCCAGGACGCAGCGGGCCCCGGGAAAACCCGCUGGCCUACACCGUCCGGGGCUUCCGCAGCACCAAAGGGGAAGCCAACCAGAGCAGCUCCCUGAGGAGCCUGUGGAAGGAGACGGGGAAUGUAGCGCCAAAGCCUCUGCUCAACCUCAGCUCUCAGCAGGCGGACGGGGCGGCGGGGGAGGCGGCGGCAGGAGGAGGAGGAGGAGCAAGGAUGGGCGUAAUGGGGCUCGGGGACUCCAUGAGCACUAAUAACAGUUUACAGAAGGAGAUGGGCGUAGGCGGGAGGCUCAGCGCUCAGCCCUACCGCUACAUCCUGAACGAGCCCUUCAAGUGCAGGGACAGCACGCCCUUUCUCAUCAUCCUAAUCGCUGCAGAACCCGGCCAGGCCGAAGCCCGCAACGCCAUCCGCCAGACGUGGGGGAACGAGAGCGUAGCAAUGGGCCUUGGGUUCGUCCGUCUUUUCCUGCUCGGCACGGGAAAGAGCUCAGACACCUACCUCCAGAGCAGCAUAGAGGAAGAGAGCCACGUUCACCACGACAUCAUCCAACAGGACUAUCAGGACACUUAUUACAACCUGACCAUUAAAACCCUGAUGGGCAUGAACUGGGUGGCCACCUAUUGCCCGCACGCCUCCUACGUGAUGAAGACAGACAGCGAUAUGUUUGUCAAUACCGAGUAUCUCGUCCAAAAGCUGCUGAAGCCCGAGCUGCCUACCAAGCAGCGGUACUUCACCGGCUACCUGAUGAGGGGCUACGCACCAAACCGAAACAAGGACAGCAAGUGGUACAUGCCGCCGGAGCUGUACCCGAGCGAGCGCUACCCGAUAUUCUGCUCCGGCACGGGGUACGUUUUCUCAGGCGACAUGGCCGAGCUGAUCUACCAGGCGUCCCUCAGCAUACGCAGGCUGCACCUGGAGGACGUCUACGUGGGGAUCUGCCUGGCGAAGCUGCGCAUCGACCCGGCGCCCCCUCCCAACGAGUUCCUCUUCAACCACUGGCGGGUGUCUUACUCCAGUUGCAAGUACAGCCACCUGAUCACAUCCCAUCAGUUCCACCCCAACGAACUCAUCAAGUACUGGAACCACUUGCAGAGCAACAAGCACAACGCCUGCAUCAACAUGGCCAAGGAAAAGAACGGCAGGUACAGACACCGAAAGUUUCAUGGAGAGAGGCCUCCUUGAUGCAUCCUGUGACUACCACCUGCCUCAAAAAAAAGGGAGAUGGGCGCACUGUAACUAAAGCCGGUGGAGGGCAUAUUGAACUCAGCACUAUACACUAUAUGGGGAAAAGCACAUUGUUUUUGGUAUUGUGUACAGUCGAUGAUCCAAACUAUUUUUUUAAUUUGAGAAAAAAAAAUGUUAAGUAUUGUAAACCUGUUGAGCUAUUUCUAAAGGGAAGAUCGGAGUCUGUGCGAUGUGGAGCAUGCGCAGAAUGUGCCGCUGCUCAAGAGGGAUGUUUAUGAUAAUUCAGGUGCCAACAGAAAAGUGGUAAUUCAAGCUAAUGCGAGGGCUUUCCUCUAAAAGGUACUGUAUGUUGCACUCUACAAAUCUAAAAAAAAAAAAAAAAAAUUAAGACACAAUCGUGUUUACACAGACAAAGGGAAAUGAUCAUGUAUUUUGUCGACAGUCACACUACCUAAUUAUGAAUGAAAGUAUCUUUGACGUUGACCAGUUAUGCUGCCCUGUUUCUCAGUGUUUACUUUACAGAUUUAUCAAAGAACACACCUCUAAAGAAAAGGUUUAUCUGUAUUUUGUUUUAAAAAAAAAAAAUCUACACUAAAGCGCUCACGUCACGUCAGAGAUGACUGAGAUUGUAUUUUUUAAAGCUUUACAUUGAGUAUGACUGCACUUGAGCAAAUGUGCAAUGAAUUAAUUAACAAUUAAAUGUAAUGAACUCA